AUGUCCAAGCAGCUCGCUCAUAUUCCUGGAGUUUCCAACUCCAGAAGCAUUCUUGCCCCUACCCUCCGAUUCACAGCGCCUCUGAUUAAGAACUCUUGCGUCCCAGCUACAACCCAAUUCAGAACCUUUCAAACAAGCAUCCGGAGAUAUUUCCAAUACACCACAAACAAGAUGGCAGGCAUACAACCAGCUAGCGGCGGCGAGCAGCGAGACUUUGCUCGCGACAGUCUUUUUGACCUCAAGGGCAGGGUCGCUCUUGUAACAGGCGGUGGCUCUGGCAUUGGCCUAAUGGCUACCCAGGCUCUCGCUGUCAACGGAGCAAAGGUCUACAUCACUGGCCGCACGAAGGAGAAGCUCGACCGUGUUGUCGAGAACUACGGCAAAAAUAUUGCCGGAGAGAUCAUUCCCAUUCAGGCCGAUAUCGGUAACAAGGAGGGCAUUCAGAAACUCUUGGACGAGUACAAGACCAAAGAGGACUGUCUAUGCAUCCUCGUCAACAACGCCGGUAUCUCAAGCAACUCUUUCCAGGUUGAGGCCAAUUCCGCACAGGACAUGAAGGUGAACCUUUUCGACAACAAGGAUGCCACCUUUGAGGACUGGAACCAAACAUACAACACAAAUGUUACUGGAACAUACUUCACCACCGCCGCCUUUCUGCCUCUUCUCCAGCAGAGCAGUGAGAAGAACCAAGGCUGGAGUUCUACCGUCAUCAACAUCAGUUCCAUCAGUGGUUUGAUUCAGAAAUCUCAGCACCACUUUGCCUACAACGCUUCCAAGGGUGCUGCUGUUCACCUCACUCGCAUGCUCGCCGCAGAAGUUGUUAGCAACAAGCUCAAGAUUCGAGUCAACAGCAUCGCCCCUGGUGUAUUCCCGUCCGAGAUGACCACUGACGGAAGCGACGAGGCCCAAAAGAGCUUCAUCCCCAAAGAGAAAUAUGCCGAGAAGGUUCCCGCUGGACGGGCCGGCAAGGAUCAGGACAUGGCUGCCACUGUACUGUUCUUUGCCACAAACCAGUACUUGGUUGGACAGACACUUGCUGUCGAUGGAGGCUACACAAUUGCCGCUGGUCAGUAG